AUGUCCUAAGAGAGUAUUAAUUAAAUUAUUCUUUUAAGAGAAUAAGCACUUAAAAUUCGUUAAUAAUCUUAGAUUAAAGCUAUGAAUAAAUUAUUAAAUUCAAACCACAUUUCACCUCGUACUUAUGAUAAUUAGAAAAUUUUACUUGAAAAAUGGGUUAAGCAUGAAAAAGAUGAAAUCUUGAAAAGUUAAAAAGCAUUAAAAAGAGGAUUAGCAAAAGCUCUUUAAAUAAUAAUUUAAACUUAAAGGGAUUUAUUGCUAGCUGAGAAAUGUAAAAAAAAUUCCAAGUUUGAAUUUAAAAAUAGUUUUGGAGGGAAAAUAGUAGAAGGAGAAGUUGAUAAUAAUGCUGAUGUUAAUGUUGAUGUUGAUAUAGAUGUUGAUUUUGAUGAUGAUAAUAAUGAAAUAUUAAAAUAAAUAAAAGAAAAAUGGAAAUUGUUUGAAUAAAUAAAUUCUAGAAUAGAAUAUUAAUUAUCUGAAGAAAAUGUCAAUUAAAUUAUAAAUAUCGAAAAUGGAUUUUCAACAAAUAUUUUUACAUAAAACUAAUAUGUAGAUAGAUUAUUUGAAUAUAUUUAAAAUAAUCAUAAACACGAAAUUAUAUAAAAUUUAAAUACUUUUUUCGGCUUUUUUCCUUAAUAAAGAUUAAGAUUAAUACAUGGAUAUGAUUAAUUAAAUUCAGAAUUUUAUUAAAAUUAUGCUAAUUUACCCUUUGUUUUAAAUGAGGAUAUAUUUAUUGAUUUUGAAUAUGAUAUUAUUGGAAAUGAAGAUGAUUCUAAAUUAUAAACAAUUUAAGAAUAUUAAUAUAUUCAUAAUAAAGUUUUAUUUGAUUCCUUAAAUGAAGCUUUAAAUAUAUAAAGACCAUUUUAUUAAAUGGGAGGUAAACCUUAUCCUUGGACUAAAACAGAAAAAAUUGUCUAUAAAGAAUUAACAAAUGAAAAAACUAUUUUAUAAGGACUAACUAAAGCUAAAUAAAAAAUUAAAUAAUGGUCUUCAAAUCUAUGUGGUUUAAUAAAUGAUAAUAUUUGUGUUCCUAAAAUAUAAGAAGGGCUAGAUUUAAAUGAUAUAUUAGAAAGAUUGACUCCUGAUAAUGAUUAUUUGUCUUAAGUUAUUGAAGAUAGACUUUCGUAAAUGUUACUUAAAGAUAUAAAAGAAAACGAAUACAAAUGGCUAAUUUUUGAAGAUGAAAAGGCAGAAAUCUUAAUGGAAAUAUCAGAUCUUAUAUUUGAAUUUCUUGUAGAUGAAUUUCUUUAAUAAAAAUUAUUUUGA